AAAAGGUCAUCUCGGUAAUUGGAUAGGGAAACAGACGAUGCCCACAUCACCCGCUCUUCCUUAUUCAUAUUCCAUGCCUCUAUCAUACGCACUCUGUCGAGAAAAAAGUUCUGUAAAACCCCACAGGGCCACAAGCAAUUUCUCUAACUCUCUCUCUACUUUUGCUUUCUCUAAUCUCUUACAUGUUGCUAUAAAUCUCUUGGCCUUUAGUGGGUUUUGAAUUUCUUGUUAAAUAAAUCUUUACUUGGCGUUCCAGUCUCAUUUCUUGUUUGUUUUCUUUAUGGAAGGAAAUGAAAUCCCCUGGGAAUUGACUUUGUUUCAGCUUUAAUUCGCGUCGAGAUCAUGAGUUACAUUUCCUCCUCUAAUCCUAUUUUCUCUUGCAUUAUCACUCUCUACACUCUAAUUCUCCUUUACUUUCCUCAAGCUCUCAAAAUCUUUCUUUCCCCAGUUUUGAUCGUCACUGCUCUUCUCAUACUCUUUCUCCUCCGUCUAGGCUCCAUCCAGAGUCGAAACCCAGAGAAAAAUGAGAACGAAGAGAAUAUUGAAAGAAAGGAAAACGGGGACGGAAAUUUCGUUGAAGCAGAAAAGUUUGGUUUUUUGGCCAAAGUGGACAAAUGGGUUUCAUUCCAAGAUGAAACAGGUCCUUACCCGAAUCCAAAACCUGAUUUUGAAGAGUCUUUUGUUGAAUGGGAUGUGAGAGCUCCAUUGGAGGUCAUAUUUGAAGCGUACGAAGGAGAGGAUGACAAUGAGAAGCACCAGGAUUCUGAUGAUCAUACCCGGAGUGCAGCUUUGCAGAGGUGCCCAUCUUUGUCAAUGUACUACCCAGAAACGGACUCGGACACCUCUUCUGACGGCGGUUAUUCGGUGAACGGAGAAUGGGAUUCGCCGGAGAGCGUUUGCUUUAGAUGGGAAGACGAAGAUAGAGCAGGCCUGUUGAUAGAGAUAGCUCUUGAUAGCGAUGACAAGAAGUUUUCGGGUUCGGGUUUAUGUUUUGAUUUUCAGGAUGAAGAUGAUAAUUUAAUAGAGAUUGAUCUAUCUCCACCCAAAAACGAUGCGUUUUCUGGUGAGGUGUAAUUAGGCGAGGAACAAAAGCCGUUUGACGAUUAAAGUACGGUCGAUGUGGAUUAAUUAAAAGUAAUUACUAAUUAAUGAGGGAUUAUCUGUUUCAAAGAAUAUGAAAGUGGUUUCGGGUUCCGGUCAGUCCUUGGAUUUUCGGAUGUUUGAUAACAAAUGAAUUACGUUAUAUAUUAUAACAACGAUUAUUUGUUUUUUUUUU